AUGCGACCAACAGGGAAAUCUCCUUCACGCAGUUGGUCCCCAGGAAGAGCUAAUCCCAUUCUGGGUAACCUUGAAUUCGAGUUCUUGUUACUCUCGGUUCCCAUCCCACCAAAUCGGAAACAUAUCACCGCGACCCACGCUCCCAGGCUUUUCCCUACAAAUAAGCUGUUGCGGAAAUGCUCAGCCUCCCCAAUUUCACCCUCCUCACUCCCUCAUCUCAUGGCUUCCCUCGAUGAUUUAGCGACGGAAAUUGUGCAAGAGGUGGCUUCACAUCUUGCUGUUGCGGACCAAGGAGCGCUGCGCGCGACUAACAAAUACCUACAACUUUGCGUUGAGCCCCUGCUGUGCAAGAUCAUCUUCAUUCCAAGCGAUCAGCUCUUCUCGGACAACACCAUGCUCUUCAUCCGCACAUUGGCGAACGGGAAAUCGUGCUGGUCGAGAUAUGGGAGAACUUUGAGCAUUCGUCAUCAGACGACCAUGGGGCCCGGCAGUCGAAGGGGGUCAGAGCCCGAGGAUGCCACGCCUGGACUCUUAACCUCCGCACUCUUAUCGUGUGCUCGGCGCAUAAGAACCGUCCGUCAUUUCGUCUCGCGGGACGACCCGCCUUGGCUAUAUGACGUCAUCUGCUCUGUCCUCCCAGCAUUUCCCCACCUCGAAAACUUCGACCUCCGACAGCUCGACCAUCCCCAAAUCACGCUUCCGAUAUUGUCCCAUCUCUCAACACUUAGAAUCUCCACAUCCCCCUCGUUGCCCGAACCACAGCAAUUCCUGACAUUUGGUCUACAUUGGCGGUUACUUGUCGUUCAUCCACCAGCCACCCCAUCCAACUCCCUCCCAAAUCCAGCGUCGAUUGAGAAUGUCGUCGCCAAUUGCCCUGAUCUCCGCGUCCUUGAACUCUUGGGUGUGCAGGAUUGGCAAGACGUUUGGCGCACAACUCUUCGAAUUGGGAUUCAUCUACAAUCGUUGACCGUCGAUCGCAUAACGCCAUCUGUGCUCGAAUAUCUGAAGUCUUACUCCGGAUUGCAAGUCCUCGUUAUUCAAAGAAAUGUUCACGAUCGACGGAGUCCAGCAGAGCUUGACCCGCUCGCUCGGGAAUUCUUCGACGAGGUGUUACCGCUCCAUAAAUCUACCCUCACAGUUCUUUGCUGUCCCAUGCAAUACGAGAACGAGUGGUCAAUCAGCCUUUCCAACAUUCAAGCCCUUGAUUGUCUGAAGAAUUUGGAGCGGUUGGAGAUGAGCGUUAACCAGGCUGCUAUCGAGAGGAGAUUGCCUUGCUUGAGCGCAUUCUUCGACACAAUCAUCGGUCUCCCGCAUAUCAAGCAUAUUGUCCUUUCGCUGGCUCUUGCAGAAGCAGAGCGCGCCCGCGUAUCCGCCAUCUCCACGGGUAUCCUCCCAAACAAUGAGCGACAGAUUAAAGAGGCACUGAGUCCGUACCUGGGGGUGUUCUCUGAUAGAGUUGUGGCUCAAGUCAAUGAGCUCGAUGAGGCAAAAUUCGUGCUGAGCGACCAGAACACCGAUUUGCGCGAGUAUCCGUUUCGCGGGUUUCGCGGACCGACUGUGUCGGGAGGGGGUUCCGUGUGGGCCGCAGUUGUAUCCCGACGCGGAGAGUUGGUCAUUUAA